AUGCGUGCACGACAGCCUGGCAUGAUCGGGCGCGACAUUGCGAUCGGUGCCGCAUCAAUCAUAAUUUCCACAGCGUCGUUCUGGCUAUUUGAGAAGCCAUUGUUGCAGCUCUCGGCCAAGGCACCAGCUGGUCGUGUCAUCGCAUCUGGCAUGGUUUCGAUGGGUUGUGUUGCCAUGUUGGUGCUCGCGGCAACAAGAGGCUGCACGUUACCAAGUUCCACGUAUCAAAUCCCAGGUGUUCGUAGCAGCGAGGCUUCCUCUGAUAAGCUGGGGCCGGAGUCCACAGAUUAUGUGCCAUUGAGGCUGAUGUUCAUAGGUGACAGCCAGGCCGAUCGUUUGGGGAGGCUUAUGAAAGAAUCCGCGCGGACCUCUGAGUUUUUAUGUUCAUGCCAUUGUUUCUUCCCCUACCAGAGCGGUGCGUCGUUCGGCGCGUGA